CGUCCAGCCGAGCCAGAACAAGCACCACCGGCGCCGAUCGCUCGACUGUGCUGAAUCGCUGCCCGAUAGCCCUCUUCUUUCCGCCGCAUCCCCGCUACCGCCAGUACCAGCAGCCAAAGCCAUGUCCAAGAAGACCCAGAAGAAGAAGCCGGCCGCGGCCAAGUCGCCCUCCUCCGCUGCCGUUGCGACGACCUCGGCCGCUGGCGCAUCCGCAUCCGCUGCUGCCGUCCAGCAACCUCCUCCUGCUGCCAAGCCUGAAUCUGAACCUCCGCAGGCCCAACAGGAGGACGACACUCCCGCUGAUGCCGACGCCGAGGAUGCCCCUGAGCAGCCCGAGGCUGGCCAGAAGGGCCAAGCGACCCGGGACAUGAAAAACAUGUCUGGCGGCUACGUCGACGACGGCCUGGUGUAUACUAGAUCCAACGAGAAGCUGGAGAAGGCCUACAAACGGCUCGAGGAGCUCAACAAGAACGAAAAGGCCGAGAAAGCCGUGAGAGAGAAGGAGCUGGACGCCAUCGCUGUCUCGGCCCAGGACAUUGAGCUGAUCAUCCGCGAAUUCGAAGUCACCAAGCUCGUCGCCCAGCGAGCGCUGCAGGCCAACAACGGCGAUCUGAUGGCCACUCUGCGAUCGCUGAUCAGCGUGUAGAUUCCUUCAAAUAUACGACUCUUUCCCCAGCA